GACCGCGAGAAGAUGAGCAAUGGCAAUAGAAAACAAACCUGGGGAGGAAUUUGACACAAUUUUCAGUCGAAACGACUCCCUGGAGCUCUCCUCUCACCACGAAUACGACACUACACACGCUCGGAUUUUCAAGAUAAUAGUAAUAGGAGACUCAAAUGUGGGGAAGACGUGUUUGACCUACCGGUUCUGCGGGGGCACUUUCCUGAAAAACCCUGAGGCAACUAUCGGGGUCGAUUUCAGAGAGAGGACGCUGGAGCUGGACGGAGAGAGUAUCAAGUUACAGAUUUGGGACACAGCAGGUCAGGAGCGCUUCAGGAAGAGCAUGGUGGAGCACUACUACCGCAGCGUCCACGCUGUCAUCUUUGUGUACGACGUGACCAGCCUUUCUUCCUUUGAGAGCCUCCCCGAGUGGAUUCAGGAGUGCAGCCGGCACUCCGUGGGGCCCCUUGUGCCCCGCAUCAUGGUAGGAAACAAGUGUGACCUGAGGGACCGCCGGGAGGUUCCCACAUCAGCCGCACAGUGUCUCGCUGACAGCUACAACUUCCCGCUGUUUGAGACUUCAGCCAAGGACCCGUCUGAAAAGGAAAACGUGGAUGCUAUCUUUCUGACUUUAGCUUACAGGCUGAAGAGCCACAAACCCCUGAGACUAAAGCAGCCCAGUGAGAGCAAUUUGAGGCAAAUGUGGAACCAGAGAGAGCGGGAAGCAGCAACUUGUCAAUGCUGAGGUCACCUACAUCCUUCAUGGAUGUACUUUGAUUAUAUAAUACUAUCAUGGCGGUCCUUCAGGAGUGUGCUGAGAAAAGCAGAUUUCAACAACACCGAGGCUUAAAAUUUACAAAGCACUCUCAUAUCAGUUAGCUAGAAAUGACAGAAGCUUGGUAAGAUUUUACAAUUUUCCCUGCCUGGUAUGAGGCACAGCUAAAUUAAAUAAACAAGUCAGUAAAAUGCAUGAAUGCAUAUGGAGCUAUGCCGAGUAUUUGUAGCCCAAACUGCACUUCGGAUCACCGAGUCUGCAAACAGAAGAUUGCAGAGCGCACUUUAGUGGAUGCAUGAUCAUAAAUGAUAUGCAGCCGUCGCCAGUACAGCAGCAUUACUGCACUAUAAUGUACCUGCAGAUCUCAAUGCAAUUAAAAGACAAACUUAAUGAAGAGAAAAUUUGGUUUUUGUGUGUGUGUGUUUAAAGGGACCAAUAGGAUAUGCUGAUACUGUGACGAACACUGCAAUUGAAUGUUCUGAAGUGAUAUUUUAGUUCUUAAAAGUGCAGUGUGAGACUUGGUGCUGUUAUUGAAUGUAUUUGUGUCAGCUCAUGCACAUGGACAGCUGUUUGGGGAGAAAGCUCAAGAACUCAAGGGAUAAAAUGUAGCUGCUCCACAUAGUUCACUUGAAAAGCAUGCCUAAAAAGAAACUCUGUGGAUCUGAGGAAAAACACCACAGCUGACUGUUUAAUUUGUUGCAUGUAUACAAUAAUAAUAAUACACUGUACAGAUGCAAAUCAAUAAAAGUGGUUG